GCCAGUUCGUGGUAUUUCUUUGGAGCAUCUGGAAAGCGAGGAACGAGAAAAAUUGGAACAAUAAAAGGCUGGGAUGGAGACAGGUUGUGGAAGGAGGGAUUAGCAUGCUAAGUAGUUGGCAGGAAGCUAACCGAAAAGGAAUGAUGCAGAAGCCCAAAGAACAAGCUCCUCGGUGGAAAAAACCGGCGGUGGGAUGGAUUAAAGUUAACAUUGAUGUUGCACUGGAUGAAAGAAGAGGCAGAAGAGCUUGGGUAUGGGUAGCCAGGGAUCAUCAGGGCGAAUUCUUAGCGGGGGAUGUCAAACCAUGCAAGCAACUUGGAUGGCGGCAAUAUCUGAAGUGAUUGGAAUCCGGGAAACAGUCGUGUGGAUCAAAAAACAGGGAUGGGAGAAGAUAAAGAUAGAAACAGACUCUCUGUUGGUGGUCUCAAGCAUCAUUGAUCGAGAGGGAGAUUCCUAUUUUGAUACAAUUAUUGAAGAUAUUAGACACACUCUUCGCAAUGAAACUAGUUUAGAAGUCACUUUCUGUACACGAUCCGGAAAUAAGAUAGCUCACGUCUUGGCUCGGGUUGCCCUUACUUUACCGGAUGGUUUAUAUCUUUAUGAUCUGGGAAAACUGUCAAAUAACUCCCCGUACUAUAUCAAAAAAGUCAAUUGAAUACUUGGAGGAUUUGAUUGACUGAUUUAAUAGUACGGGGACUCAAUUGACUUUUUUGAUAUAGUACAGGGACCUAUUUGACAGUUUUCCCUUAUGAUCUUCCACCAGAUAAUAUUGUACUCCUUAUGGAGAGUGAUAAAUUGAUUUAAUAUAAAAUAGUUUCAUUAAAAAAAAACAAUUUUCAGCCUUGUAGCUA